GUAAAUUAAUCAAGAAGUUAAUAAAUAUCGUAAUUUAUAUUUAUUAUUAAAGUUUGUCAAAAUCAUCGGUCGUAAUUAUGGAAGCAGUAAAUAUGUCUGAUAAAGAACUUGAUGAAGCUAUUUCAAAUCACUUGAAAAAACUUGAAGACAUUGAAAUGAUGGGUAAAUAUACAGAUAAAUUAAUAAAAACAAAUUGUGAUUUAAAGUUGAAUGAAUUUGACAACCGUAAAUCUGGGGAUUGGAACGAAAACUCGAGACCAUUUGAUACCAAUUUAUUAUUAAACAUUAAUAACAAUAACAAAAUUAGUAAUGCCGAAUGGAAAUGUAAAAAUCUGUACAGUAUUUCAAAUCUUGAUCCAUGCAAUAAUUUAUAUUCUUAUACUGAAACCACGUCUUUGUGUAAAAUUAAUAACCAAAGUGCUGAUGAAGAUGAUAAAUUAUUCAAAGAAAACCAAGACAAUCUAUUCGAAAAACUACGAAAUUAUUUAAUCGACUAUCAAGAAAAUGUUUUAGGAAUAUCUUCCUCAGAAGAAUAUACUUUUUCAGCGCUCAUGAAAAUAAUGGGCCAAGCUAUGGCUAAAUCACUACUCGCGCUAUUUUAUUUUAUCGUGAAUGUUAUUCCAAUGACGCUGAUACUUUUAUUCAUUUUGCGUUUUAUUUUGGACAAAACACUGGACAUAAAAAAAACAAAAGACCGCCAAGAGAUGGCUAUUAAAAUAAUGCUCUUGGGACUGCAGCUCGCGUUCGUUUAUCUGAGUCUCACAUUUAUAGUGGGACUUAUUUGGCUGCCAAUAUUGCAAAUGAUCUUACGUAUUGUUUCCUGCUGUACAAUUGACCCGUACAGCAAUUAAAAUUAUUUGACAAUCGCUCUUUUUUUUUUUUU